UGGGCUGACGCUCUAACCCCUGGGCAAAACUUGCUAGGGCUCUUUUCACUUUCUUGAUGGUAUCUUUUGAUACACAAAAGUUUUGAGUUUGGAUGAAGUCAGUUUUAUCUAUUUUCGUUCUUGCUUUUAAAUUUAGGAAAUCUUUUAUUAGAAAUAGGAUAUAUGUUUAUUUUCUGCCUUUGAAACUUUUAACUUUUUAUGUCCCUAUUGGGUUACAGCUAUACCUGUUAUAUAACUUUACAGGAUAUGCUAUAAUAAUUUAGUUACAUAAAUAUUUCCCUGGGAAUCUCUGAGCUCUUCUGAGUCCUCUUCUAUGUUUUAUUUAUCCCCGUGCCAGUCAUUUAUUCAAUUAUUCUGUGCCAAGCAGCAGAUAGAGUAAUGAACAAAAAGACUACUGAAGCCUUCCAGAGAGUAAGUGCUCAUGAAAGCAAGUUGAAUACAUUGGUGCAGAAACUUCAUGACUUUCUGGCACAUUCAUCAGAAGAAUCUGAAGAAACAAAUUCUCCUCCAAGACUUAUGAUGAACCAAAGCACAGAUAAAAUCAGUGGUUCUGGAAAUAACUCUGAUAUGAUGGAAAACAGCAAGGAAGAGGGAGCUAGCUCUUCAGGAAAAUCCAAAUCAUCAGGAUCAUCACGAUCAAAGAGGAAACCUUCAAUUGUAACAAAGUAUGUAGAAUCCGAUGAUGAAAAGCCUUUGGAUGAGAUUCUAAAUGAAGAUGCUUCCAAUGACAAUUCAGAAAAUGAUAUUACUAUGCAAAGCUUGCCAAAAGGUACAGUGAUUGUACAACCAGAGCCAGUGCUGAAUGAAGACAAAGAUGAUUUUAAAGGGCCUGAAUUUAGAAGCAGAAGUAAAAUGAAAACUGAAAAUCUCAAAAAACGCGGAGAAGAUGGGCUUCAUGGGAUUGUGAGCUGCACAGCUUGUGGACAGCAGGUCAAUCAUUUUCAAAAAGAUUCCAUUUAUAGACAUCCUUCCCUGCAAGUACUUAUUUGUAAGAAUUGCUUUAAAUAUUACAUGAGUGAUGAUAUUAGCCGUGACUCAGAUGGAAUGGAUGAACAAUGCAGAUGGUGUGCAGAAGGUGGAAACUUGAUUUGUUGUGAUUUUUGCCACAAUGCCUUCUGUAAGAAGUGCAUUCUGCGCAACCUUGGCCGAAAGGAGCUAUCUACUAUAAUGGAUGAAAACAACCAAUGGUAUUGCUACAUUUGUCACCCGGAGCCUUUGUUGGACUUGGUUACUGCAUGUAACAGCGUAUUUGAAAAUUUAGAACAGUUGUUGCAACAAAAUAAGAAGAAGAUAAAAGUUGACAAUGAAAAGAAUAAUAAAGUAUGUGACCAUACACCCAGAUUUUCUCCAAAGAAAAAUAAUUCAAAUUGUAAUGGAGAAGAAAAGAAAUUAGACGAUUCAUGUUCUGGUUCUGUAACCUAUUCUUAUUCAGCACUAAUUGUGCCCAAAGAGAUGAUUAAGAAGGCAAAAAAACUGAUUGAGACAACAGCCAACAUGAACUCUAGUUAUGUUAAGUUUUUGAAGCAUGCAACAGAUAAUUCAGAAAUUGAUUCUGCUACGAAGUUACGUCAGCUUAAGGCUUUUAAAUCUGUGUUGGCUGAUAUCAGGAAAGCUCAUCUUGCAUUAGAAGAAGAUUUGAAUUCAGAGAUUCGAGGUUUGGAUGCUGUAAACAAAGAGAAAAAUACCAAAGAGCUUAAAGUCAUAGACGCUAAGUGUGAAACAAAAGUACGAAAAGGAGAAAAACCCUGUGCUUUGGAAAGGAAGGAUAUUUCAAAAUCAGAAGCUAAGCUGUCAAGAAAGCAGGUAGACAGUGAGCACAUGGAUCAGAGUAUUGCAGUAGAGGAACAAAGAGCAAAUAAAAGUACCAGUGUUGAACAUGAGAAAUCAGAUAAAAAAGAAGAACCUCAGUAUGAACCUGCUAACACUUCUGAAGACUUAGACAUGGAUAUUGUGUCUGUUCCUUCCUCAGUUCCAGAAGACAUUUUUGAAAAUCUUGAGACUGCUAUGGAAGUUCAGAGUUCAGCUGAUCAUCAGAUUGAUGGCAACAGUGGCACUGAGCAAGAACUGGAGAGUUCUUCUGUAAAAUUAAAUAUUACUUCAAAAGACAACAGAGGAGGUAUUAAAUCAAAAACUACAGCUAAAGUAACAAAAGAAUUAUAUGUAAAACUUACCCCUGUCUCCCUUUCUAAUUCCCCAAUUAAAGGUGCUGAUUGUCAGGAAGUUCUACAAGAUAAAGAUGGCUGUAAAAAUUCUGGUCUGAUCCCCAAGCCAGAGAACUGUGGACUUGGACAGGAUAAAAAUGAUAAUGCACUUUUGCUUGAAUGUGAAGUUUUAUUACCUUCAGAAGAAUCUGAUCUUCGAAGAUCCCCGCGUGUAAAGACUACACCCUUGAGGCGACAGCCAGAAACUAACCCUGCAACAUCUAAUUCAGAUGAAGAAAGUAAUGAAACAGUUAAGAGGAAACAAAAACUGUCAGGUCCAAUGAGAAAAAAAGAUAAGCGGAAUUCUUCCGACACUGUUAUAGAUAAUCCUAAAACUAAUAAAUUGCCUAAAUCUAAGCAGCCAGAGAUUGUGGAUCGAAAUUCAGAUUCUGAUGAAAUGCUAGCAAUCCUCAAAGAGGUAUCCAGAAUGAGUCAGAGUUCUUCGUCAGAUACUGACAUUAAUGAAACUCAUACAAAUAGUGAGAAGACUUUAUAUGAUUUAAAGUCUCAAACAGGGAAAGAUGAUAAAGGAAAAAGAAAACGAAAAAGUUCUACUUCUGGCUCAGAUUUUGAUAUAAAAAAAGGCAAAUCAGCCAAAAGGUCUAUAAUUUCUAAAAAGAAACGAGAAAACCAGUCUGAAUCUUCCAAUUACGACUCAGAAUUGGAAAAAGAGAUAAAGAGCAUGAGUAAAAUCGGGGCUGCUAGAACAUCUAAAAAAAGAGCUCCAAAUAAAAAGGAUUAUGAUUCUUCUGAAGAUGAAAAACACAGCAAAAAAGGAAUGAAUAAUCAAGGGCAGCACAGUUUGAAGGCUGCACAAGAAGGAUCAUCUGAUGAUGCUGAAAGGAAACAAGAGAAAGACAAUUUUUCUUCGGCAGAAGGCACAGUUGAUAGUGACAAGACUAUCUUAGAAUUAAGAGGUAGACUCUCUAAGAAGCAGCAGCCAGGUGUUUCCUCUGAUGGUACUGAUAAGCCUUCUUCUGGGAAAGAGGAGAGUUGUAGUUCUCCAGAAGACAAAAAGGUUGCUGAAACUAAAGUAAAGAGUAAGCAUCUGAAAACCAAAACCUGUAAGAAAGUACAGGGUAGCUUAUCUGAUAUUGCUCAGAAGUUCCCAAAGAAAGAGCACAGUGAUGACUCCUCGGAAGAUGAUAAAAAGCAGAGCAAAAACGGAACUGAGGAAAAAGAAAAUCAAACUACAGCCUUGAAGAAAAAAGUAACUAAGAUGAAACAACAGUAUGAAUCAUCAUCAGAUAGCACUGAGAAAUUACCUGAGGGAGCAGAAAUUUGCCAUUUUCCUGAAGGCAUAAAACAAAAUAAGAAUGGCACAACUGAUGGGGAAAGGAAAAGUAAAAAAAUAAAAGGUAAAACUUCUAAAAAUAAAGAUGAAUUAUCUGAUAGUGCUGAGAAGUUAACUGGGAAAAGAGAUAGUUGUGGUUCUUCAGAAGAAAAAAGGAGUAAGAAUGCAGGAUUUGGAAGAGACAAGAAAAGGUGCAACUUUUCUGGAAAGAGUUCAAGGAAGAGACAAGAUUUUUCAUCAUCUGAUACUGAGAAAUAUCCCAUGAAAGAAGAUGGUCGUGAUUCUUCUGAUAAGAGACUGAAAAGAAUAGAAUUGAGGGAAAGACGGAAUUUAAAUUCAAAGAGAAAUACCAAGGAAGUACGAAGUGGCUCAUCAUCUUCAGAUGCUGAGGAAAGUUCUGAAGAUAAUAAAAAGCUGAAGAAGCAAAGAACUUCAGCUAAAAAGAAGACAGGCAACCUCAAGGAGAAAAUGAGAAACUCCCUCAGAACAAGUACUAAAAGGAAGCAAGCCGACAUUACUUCAUCUUCUUCUGAUAUAGGAGAUGAUGCUCAGAAUUCCUUAGGAGAGGGCAGCAGUGAUGAGCAGAAAAUUAAGCCUGUGACCGAAAAUUUAGUGCUGUCUUCACAUACUGGAUUUUGUCAAUCUUCAGGAGAUGAAGCCUUAUCUAAAUCUGUGCCUGUCACAGUGGAUGAUGAUGAUGACGACAAUGAUCCUGAGAAUAGAAUUGCCAAGAAGAUGCUUUUAGAAGAAAUUAAAGCCAAUCUUUCCUCUGAGGAGGAUGGAUCUUCAGAGGAUGAACCGGAAGAAGGGAAAAAAAGAACUGGGAAACAUAAUGAAGUAAACCCAGGAGAUGAGGAAGCAAAAAAUCAAGUCAAUUCUGAAUCAGAUUCAGAUUCUGAAGAAUCUAAGAAGCCAAGAUACAGACAUAGGCUUUUGAGGCACAAACUGACUGUGAGUGAUGGAGAAUCUGGAGAAGAAAAAAAGACUAAGCCUAAAGAGCACAGAGAAGCCAAAGGCAGAAAUAGAAGGAAGGUGAGCAGUGAAGAUUCUGAAGAUUCGGAUUUUCUGGAAUCAGGAGUUAGUGAAGAAGUUAGUGAAUCUGAAGAUGAACAACGGCCCAGAACAAGGUCUGCAAAGAAAGCAGAAUUGGAAGAAAAUCAGCGGAGUUAUAAACAGAAAAAGAAAAGGCGCCGCAUUAAGGUUCAAGAAGAUUCAUCCAGUGAAAACAAGAGUAAUUCUGAAGAAGGAGAUAAAGAAGAUGAUGAAGAGGAAGAGGAAGAAGAAGAUGAAAAUGAUGAUUCCAAGUCUCCUGGAAAAGGCAGAAAGAAAAUUAGAAAGAUCCUUAAAGAUGAUAAACUAAGGACAGAAACACAAAAUGCUCUUAAGGAAGAGGAAGAGAGGCGAAAACGUAUUGCUGAGAGGGAACGUGAGCGAGAGAAAUUGAGAGAGGUGAUAGAAAUUGAAGAUGCUUCACCCACCAAGUGUCCAAUAACAACCAAGCUGGUUUUAGAUGAAGAUGAAGAAACCAAAGAACCGUUAGUGCAGGUUCAUAGAAAUAUGGUUAUCAAAUUGAAACCCCAUCAAGUAGAUGGUGUUCAGUUUAUGUGGGAUUGCUGCUGUGAGUCUGUUAAAAAAACAAAGAAAUCUCCAGGUUCAGGAUGUAUUCUCGCCCACUGCAUGGGCCUUGGUAAGACUUUACAGGUGGUUAGUUUUCUUCAUACAGUUCUUUUGUGUGAGAAAUUGGAUUUCAGUACAGCUUUGGUGGUUUGUCCUCUUAAUACUGCUUUGAAUUGGAUGAAUGAAUUUGAGAAGUGGCAAGAGGGACUAAAAGAUGAUGAGAAGCUUGAGGUCUCUGAAUUAGCGACUGUGAAACGUCCUCAGGAGAGAAGCUACAUGCUUCAGAGGUGGCAGGAGGAUGGUGGUGUUAUGAUCAUAGGCUAUGAGAUGUACAGAAAUCUUGCUCAAGGAAGGAAUGUGAAGAGUAGGAAACUUAAAGAAAUAUUUAACAAAGCUUUGGUUGAUCCAGGCCCUGACUUUGUUGUUUGUGAUGAAGGCCAUAUUCUAAAAAAUGAAGCAUCUGCUGUUUCAAAAGCUAUGAAUUCUAUACGAUCAAGGAGGAGGAUUAUUUUAACAGGGACACCACUUCAAAAUAAUCUGAUUGAGUAUCACUGCAUGGUUAACUUUAUCAAGGAAAAUUUGCUUGGCUCCAUUAAGGAGUUCAGGAAUCGAUUUAUAAAUCCAAUCCAAAAUGGUCAGUGUGCAGAUUCUACCAUGGUAGAUGUCAGAGUGAUGAAGAAACGUGCUCACAUUCUUUAUGAGAUGUUAGCUGGAUGUGUUCAGAGGAAAGAUUAUACAGCGUUAACAAAGUUCUUGCCUCCAAAACAUGAAUAUGUGUUAGCUGUGAGAAUGACUCCUAUUCAAUGCAAGCUCUAUCAGUACUACUUAGAUCACUUAACAGGUGUAGGUAAUAGCAGUGAAGGUGGAAGAGGAAAGGCAGGUGCAAAACUUUUCCAAGAUUUUCAGAUGUUAAGUAGAAUCUGGACUCAUCCAUGGUGUUUGCAGCUGGACUAUAUUAGCAAAGAAAAUAAGGGAUAUUUUGAUGAAGACAGUAUGGAUGAAUUUAUAGCUUCGGAUUCCGAUGAAACCUCCAUGAGUUUAAGCUCCGAUGAUUAUACAAAAAAGAAGAAAACAAAGGGGAAAAAGGGGAAAAAAGAUAGUAGCUCAAGUGGAAGUGGCAGUGACAAUGAUGUCGAAGUCAUUAAAGUCUGGAAUUCAAGAUCUCGAGGAGGUGGUGAAGGAAAUGUGGAUGAAACAGGAAGCAAUCCCUCAGUUUCUUUAAAGAUGGAAGAAAGUAAAGCUACUUCCUCCUCUAAUCCAAGCAGCCCAGCUCCAGACUGGUACAAAGAUUUUGUUACAGAUGCUGAUGCUGAGGUUUUAGAGCAUUCUGGCAAAAUGGUACUUCUCUUUGAAAUUCUUCGAAUGGCAGAGGAAAUUGGGGAUAAAGUACUUGUUUUCAGCCAGUCUCUCAUAUCUCUGGACUUGAUUGAAGAUUUUCUUGAAUUGGCUAGUAGGGAGAAGACAGAAGAUAAAGAUAAGCCUCUUAUUUAUAAAGGUGAAGGGAAGUGGCUCCGAAACAUUGACUAUUACCGUUUAGAUGGUUCUACUACUGCACAAUCAAGGAAAAAAUGGGCUGAAGAAUUUAAUGAUGAAACUAAUGUGAGAGGACGAUUGUUUAUCAUUUCCACCAAAGCAGGAUCUCUCGGCAUUAACCUGGUAGCUGCUAAUCGAGUGAUUAUAUUUGAUGCUUCUUGGAAUCCAUCAUAUGAUAUCCAGAGUAUAUUCAGAGUUUAUCGCUUUGGACAAACUAAACCUGUGUAUGUAUAUAGGUUCUUAGCUCAGGGAACCAUGGAAGAUAAGAUUUAUGAUCGGCAAGUAACUAAGCAGUCAUUGUCCUUUAGAGUUGUUGAUCAGCAGCAGGUUGAGCGUCAUUUUACCAUGAAUGAGCUUACUGAACUUUAUACCUUUGAGCCAGACUUAUUAGAUGAUCCUAAUUCAGAAAAAAAGAAGAAAAGGGAUACUCCUAUGCUGCCAAAGGACACCAUACUUGCAGAACUUCUUCAGAUACAUAAAGAACACAUUGUAGGAUAUCAUGAACAUGAUUCUCUUUUGGACCACAAAGAAGAAGAAGAGUUGACCGAAGAAGAAAGAAAAGCAGCUUGGGCCGAGUAUGAAGCAGAGAAGAAGGGACUGACCAUGCGUUUCAACAUACCAACUGGGACCAAUUUACCCCCUGUCAGUUUCAACUCUCAAACUCCUUAUAUUCCUUUCAAUUUGGGAGCCCUGUCAGCAAUGAGUAAUCAACAGCUGGAGGACCUCAUAAAUCAAGGAAGAGAAAAAGUUGUGGAAGCAACAAACAGUGUGGCAGCAGUGAGGAUUCAGCCUCUUGAGGAUAUAAUUUCAGCUGUAUGGAAGGAAAACAUGAAUCUCUCAGAGGCCCAAGUACAGGCAUUAGCAUUGAGUAGACAAGCCAGCCAGGAGCUUGAUGUUAAACGAAGAGAAGCAAUCUACAAUGAUGUAUUGACAAAACAACAGAUGUUAAUCAGCUGUGUUCAGCGAAUACUUAUGAACCGAAGGCUCCAGCAGCAAUACAAUCAGCAGCAACAGCAACAAAUGACUUACCAACAAGCAACACUAGGUCACCUCAUGAUGCCAAAGCCUCCAAAUUUAAUCAUGAAUCCUUCUAACUACCAGCAGAUUGAUAUGAGAGGAAUGUAUCAGUCAGUGGCUGGUGGUAUGCAGCCGCCACCAUUACAGCGUGCACCACCCCCGAUGAGAAGCAAAAAUCCAGGACCUUCCCAAGGGAAAUCAAUGUGAUUUUGCACUAAAAGCUUAAAGGAUUGUUAAAAUCAUAGAAAGAUCUUUUAUUUUUUUAGGAAUCAAUGACUUAACAGAACUCAACUGUAUAAAUAGUUUGGUCCCCUUAAAUGCCAAUCUUCCAUAUUAGUUUUAAAUUUUUUAAAAAUAGGGCAUACCAUUUCUUCCUGGCAUUUGUCAGUGAUGUUGCCUAGAAUCUUCUUACACACAUUGAGUACAGAAGAUAUUUCAAAUUGUUUUCAGUGAAAACAAGUCUUUCCAUAACAGUAACAACUCCACAGAUUUCCUCUCUAAAUUUUUAUGCCUGCUUUUAGCGACCAUAAAAUUGUCAUAAAAUUAAUGAAUUUAGGAAAGAAUACAGAUUUAUAUAUUCAUUCUUUACAUAUAAAAACACACAGCUGAGUUCUUAGAGUUGAUUCCUCAAGUUAUAAAAUAAUUUUGUAUUUAAUCCAUUUCUUGAGUAAAGUGAUUGAAAUGGUUUUAAUGUUCUUUUGACUGAAGUCUGAAACUGGGCUCCUGCUAUAUCGUGUCUGUGACUGAAAGUUAGAAACUAAGGGUUAUCUUUGACACAGAAUUGUGUGCAAUAUUCUUAAAUACUACUGCUCUAAAACUUGGAGGAGUCUUGCAGUUAUCUUAGCAUUGUAUAAACAGCCUUAAGUACAGCCUAAGAAGAGAAUUCCUUUUUCUUCUUUAGUCUUUCUGCCAUUUUUUAUUUUCAGUUAUAUGUGCUGAAAUAAUUACUGGUAAAAUUUCAGGGUUGUGGAUUAUCUUCCACACAUGAAUCUUCUCUCUCCUGGCACUAAUAUAAAGCACAUCUCUUAACUGCUUGGUGCCAGUGCUAGUGCUUCAUCCUGUUGCUGGCAGUGGGAUGUGGACUAACAAAAUCAGGUUCUAGCAAUUUAGGAGGUUAAGGAUGACAUUGUGGUUGUUAAGUUCACACCCUGUUUUAUAACAAUAUCAAAAUGGCAGACAUUGCUGACUUUAAGUUCACAUGAGGAAUGUGCUUUAACAAUUCCCAGUACUAUCAGCAUUGUGAAUUAAUUCCUUUUAAAGAUAAGGAUCACUGGCUUCGAUGCUCUUCUUUUCUCUCAUGUUCUUUUACCCCAACUUCCCUAUGUUUUCUUAAAUUACAUCUCAAAGUUCAAUAUUUUUUUUUUUAAAGUUUAGGUCUGUGAGGCAAUUUUCUGAUCCAAAUUAAUUCAUGUAAUACCCUUUUGUGAAGUUUUACUAGAAAAUCACUACAUUGUUGUUUUUCUUAAUCCAGGCCUGUAAAAAUGACCUAUAAGUUUAUUCAUGUAUAAUUUGGUUGCUUGAGUUUCUUAAAGAAAAAGAUUGUUAGACUAUGGGAGUCAACUUAACAUGACAAAAACAUUUUUGAGAUGAUGAUAUAACAGGUAGUGGAAACAGCUAAGGAAUUCUAGAAAAAAGAAAGCUGAGUGGAAGAUUGGUAUGCUCUAGGUAUCACUGGAUUAGAAUGAAUUUAACAUUAGCUAAAACUCUUUUGAGAUGUUUGGAUUAUUAAGAGAUUUCCAUUUUUAUCUUGAAAGAACUAGUGGUUUAAACAUCCAAGAGCACUAGGUUUGUGAUAAGGAAACUUGUGAGGUUUGUUGGAUCCACCCCCCCCCCACCUCCCAUAAUGAAUUUUCACUAACAGAUUCCAUAUAUUUGGAUAUUAUGCCAGCCGUAUAAUCAAAUUUAUUUAAUUGGUGGGGGUAGGGGGGGAGAUGUAUGUUUACUUUAGGAGAAAUGAAAAAGACAAGACUUAUGAGAUAAAUAUUUGAAGACAGUACACUCUGGCCAACUGUCAGUAUUUCUACAAGUCCAGAAUACUUUAAACCUGAUUUAUUAGACCUGGGAACUUUCAACGUGGUCUAAUUACUUGCUCAAAGACAUAGAAGUGAAAAAUUUUAGGCAACCUUCUAAACUGUUUUACCAUGAUGAAACUAUGACUUAAUAAUACAUAGAAGGAUUAAUUGGAAAUAAGAGAGUUUGAAAUAAAACUUGGACCACUUUGCAUACACUCUUCUCACUUGACAUUUUAGCUACAUAAUAUGUACUUUGAGUAUAACAUCAAGCUUUAACAAAUAUUUAAAGACAAAAAUCACAUCAAUAAAAUACUAAAUGGCUCAUUUUUAUAUUUGUUUUAAAUGUUUUAAAUAGUUGCAAUGGCUUAAAAAAAUGACGAUUUAAAAUGUUGCUUGUAAUACAGUUUUGCCUGCUAAAUUCUCCACAUUUUGUAACCUGUUUUAUUUCUUUGGGUGUAAAGCGUUUUUGCUUAGUAUUGUGAUAUUGUAUAUGUUUUGUCCCAGUUGUAUAGUAAUGUUUCAGUCAUCAUCCAGCUUUGGCUGCUGAAAUCAUACAGCUGUGAAGACUUGCCUUUGUUUCUGUUAGACUGCUUUUCAGUUCUGUAUUGAGUACCUUAAGUACUAUAGAAAAGAUGUCACUUCUUCCUUUAAGGCUGUUUUGUAAUAUAUAUAAGGACUGGAAUUGUGUUUUUAAAGAAAAGCAUUCAAGUAUGACAAUAAUACUAUCUGUGUUUUCACCAUUCAAAGUGCUGUUUAGUAGUUGAAACUUAAACUAUUUAAUGUCAUUUAAUAAAGUGACCAAAAUGUGUUGUGCUCUUUAUUGCAUUUUCACAGCUUUUGAAAAUCUGUGCAUACAUUGUUUCAUAGAAAAUGUAUAGCUUUUGAUGCCCUAUUUAAUGGCGGGUUUUUUGCACAUUUAGUUAUUUAAUGUUGGGAGGUCAAGAAGUUUGGUUUUUAAAUUUGUUAUAUACUAAAUUAUGUAAAAGGAGAUCUUUAACCUCAAAAAUAAUUUACAUACCAGGAAGCCUAUGUGUGUUUGUGUUAGUUUUGGUUGUCUUUGUGUAAUCCAGCACCACCUCUGCUUCCCAAGAGCUGCAUCACUCAUUGAAGUCAAGCAGGACUACUGAUACACACUUGAUAAAAAAGCUGCUUACCAUCCCAAAGCCAUAGGAGGUUGAUGGAAAACCUUAUUACCUGGCCUCCAAAGAAGCUGAAUGUUUUGUAGUCUUCCCUUAGCUAUGCCCAUUCUCUCUUUAGUAUCAUGAAAUCAGAUACAUAUUUCUGCGCCCCAAACAAAACUUUAAAAACAAUUAUUUAUCCCAGUAACCAUUGUUUCUUUUUGGCUUAUAGAUACUUACUCUAACAAUAAGAGAGGUCAUCCUUUUACAUCCUUAUUUCUCUAAAAUUUAUGUUCAGAUUAUUACCCACCUUAUUUCACCAGACUUAUUCUCAAGUGACUUUUGGCUAUCUCAAAUCAAAUCUGCCCUUAGAAAAGAAAGUUCUUCCACCAUUGCAUUGAUUUUUUUUUUUUUUUUCCAAAACUAUUCUGUGCCAGUCCCAAAGGAGUGACCAAGUUUCAGAAAUGCUUUUUGUCUGUGCAACAUUUUAUAUAUGCUGUUAUGUUGAGGUGAAUAAAAUUUAAAAAUCCAAAAUA